CGAGCUUAAGGCAGAUUUUUGAUAUUUUAGCAAAAACAAGAUAGCUUUUGUGCUUUCGGAGAACGUAUCUUAAGAAAACAUGUGGAGUGAUUCGUUGUUAAUUGUUUUCAUUUCGAUUUGUACGGCCUUUUUAGGAGAAGGUUUGACAUGGAUUCUAGUCUAUAGAACAGAAAAAUAUCAAAAACUUAAGGUUGAGGUGGAGCGACAAAGUAAAAAAUUGGAGAAGCGCAAGGAGGCCCAUGGUGACUCAUUGGACAAACAACAUAAGAAGAAGAUUGAACGUGAAGAGGAGAGGCUUAAAAAUAACAACCGGGACUUGUCUUUAGUUAAAAUGAAGUCAAUGUUUGCCAUAGGCUUUGCUUUUACAGCAUUGCUUAGCAUGUUCAACAGUAUAUUUGAUGGAAGAGUAGUAGCCAAGCUGCCUUUUUAUCCCAUUUCAUGGAUUCAAGGACUAAGUCACAGGAACUUGCCAGGAGAUGACUUCUCUGAUUGCUCAUUUAUUUUCUUGUACAUACUGUGCACUAUGAGUAUAAGGCAAAAUAUCCAGAAAUUGCUGGGAUUUGCGCCAUCCCGUGUGGCAUCAAAGCAGGGUGGAGCUCUGUUUGCAGCACCGCCAGCACAGUUCAAGUAAAUAGGGACAAAAGUUAAGUUUCAUAUAUUUUGUUGUAAUUUUCCGUUAUU